AUGGGGCCCCGGGCAAUAGGGGAUCAUGGGGCCCCUGUGUCCUUGCCCAAACUCAAAAAAGCCUAUGAAAAAGAUACAAGGGGCAUCUCAUGGGACCCCUACUGACCCCGGGCCCGAGUUUCCAUAUGCUCUUGGCAAAGUGUCUUGCUGGGAGAACUUGCAGUCCUAUCCAGGGGCGGACUGACAACUCAUAGGGCCCCCAGGCAAUAGGGGAUCAUGGAGCCCCUGUGUCCUUGCCCAAACUCAAAAAAGCCUAUGAAAAUGGUACCAGGGGCAUCUCAUGGGGCCCCCUACUGACCCCGGGUCCUCGGGCAGUGCCCGAGUUUCCAAAUGGUCAGUAUGCCCUUGGUCCUAUCAAAAUUCUAUAAAAACUA